GUAUUUGCGUAUUUGCUCAUUUUGAUGCACUGUGAGCUCUUUUUGAUCACUCAAAAACACGUCACACGUGUGUAUUUGCAGACAUGUAAAACAGAGAUGACAUUUAAAUGAUAUUUCCAGGCUUUGACCAGCAGGGGGGGCGGGUGGCCAGCAACAGCGUAGGGCCGUGAAUCUGCUGUGAGCGGCUCUGACAGCUCAGACUCUCAGGAGGAAGAGGAGGAGGAAGAGAAGGAGGUGGAGGAGUGUCGGUGCAGCGACUCGUCAGUCAGUCAGUCAGUAAACAGACACAGCAACCGUCAGUACCGGAACUAACGGACAGUAACGGGCGGUAACGGUCGCUGAGAUGAUGAAGAUGAUGAUGCUUCUUCUCGAGCUUGGCGGUCAUGUGACUUCUCGUGGAAGAUGGGCAGCGAGUGAUAAACUAGCUUCCAGUGGACAGGAGGCCUGAAUUGAGCUGAGGGAUCAUGGGAGAUGGUGGACCCCUGCAGACCGAGGGGAACGCCCUCCUCAAGGCUGUCUUCCAGGGGAAGCUGAGGCUGACCCGACUGCUGCUGGAGGGUGGAGCUUACAUCAAUGAGGGCAAUGAGCGUGGAGAGACUCCCAUCUCUGCUGCCUGCUUGGCGAGCUACGAUGACCCGCAGACCCGGCAGAGGAUGGUGAGGUACCUGUUGGAGAAAGGUGCUGAUCCAAACAUCCCUGACAAGAGUGGGAGGACGGCACUGAUGCACGCCUGUGCUGAGCAGGCAGGGAAGGAGGUGGUCUCCCUCCUGCUGGAAAAUGGAGCUGAUCCCAGCCUGAAAGACUACUCUGGCUCCUCUGCCCUUGUCCACGCCAUCAACAAGGGAGACCGUGAGACUCUGCAGGUGUUGCUUGAUGCCUGUAAGGCCAAAGGCAAAGAGGUAAUCAUCAUCACAACUGACACGUCUCCAUCAGGUACUAAGAAGACCAAGCAGUACCUUAACUCGCCCCCCUCGCCAGGUAUUGUGGACAAACUAUCUCCAGCCUGCAUGUCUCCUUCUGAGGUAGAGAUUGGCACCUCCUCGCCAGCAGGAGACAAGAGCAAAGGCGAUGAGGGGAUCUUCAGCUUCACCCUGACCUCAGCUUUACCUUUACCUUCAGCUCGGCCUCCAGGAGAAAAGAGACCGCCGCCACGCAAGCUGCUGAAGAGGCUGAACUCAGAGCCCUGGGGCCUGGUAGCUCCUUCGGUGCUGAGCGGGGUCCCUCAGGAGAGGGUUGACGGAGGUCUGGAAGAGGAGAGCGGCUGUGACCUCAGUAGGACGAUCUCUGAGAUUAACGGCCUGUCCAUCACAGAGCCGGCGAGACCUCUGUUGUCACGGCGACACAGCAUUGAGACACACGACCCCUGUUCCCCCAAACUCAUUGACCGGUCCUGCUCUGAGGACUGCGCGGCCCUCUGUAGUUCCUCCUGGGCCGACAAAGUCCAGCAGCACCAGAUUCUGUACCGCAGAAACACUGCCCCAGAGUCCCAGGAAAAUGCUGGGGGACCUGGGGCAGUCGCAGCGCGAGCCCUGACUCACCCCAAACUAACCCGGAUGGAGCACUAUGAGUCGGACACUCAUCUCUGUCCGGAGUCCAUCCCCGGAUCUCCAGACUCUGGUCGGGUGUCCGUGGAGCGGAGGAAGUACAACGCCUCCCCACUCUCUUUGGUCACCAGCUCCUCCAGGGAGUCUCUGGAGAACAUUCCCAACUCUGUGUCCCCCAUCACCAUGCGCCGGCGCCACCCAGGCCUCCUGGAGCGGCGGGGCUCUGGGACCCUCCUGUUGGACCACAUCUCCCACACCAGGCCUGGCUUCCUGCCUCCGCUCAACAUCAACCCCCAGAGACCCAUCCCUGACAUUCGGGCCAAUGGCAAGCCCACCUCCCCCAUCCACUCUGGCCCGAAGAUAUUGGUUCCUGUGGCCCCAGCCUCACCAAAACGAGGCCCCGACUUCAAGAUGAAGAAGAAACUGAUGAGGAGACACUCCAUGCAGACGGAGCAGAUGAAGCAGCUCUCCACCUUCCAGGAGAUCCUGGCUGAGAAAGUCAUUGAGUCCAACGGGGAUUGAUGACAGGAGGCACUGGAGCAAGGCAUGAUGGGUAGCUGCAGAGACUAUUAGGGUGGUGAUUUGCUGUAUAAUUUACUCCUGAAGCAGCUUCAUCAGCACCUCACUGACCGACUCAACGCAUUUAAAAACCACACUCUGGUAUUUAUGGAGGUCUGCACGGAUGAAGGAGGAUUUUAUUAAACUUAUAAGGGGUUCAAUAAUAACUAACUGACUAAACCAGUUUUAAUCCCUGGCUCUGAGGUUAACGUUAGCUUAAUGGUCUAAACCAAAAAAGGAAUACAGAAGUGCUGCCUCAAAGAUAACUAAACAUCAGACAUAUGAGGUUAUUUUCUAUUUGUGAUGCAACGUAACAAACAAAGUAUUCAUUGUUUAAUUUUGUUGUUCCUGCUAACAAUUGAAAUCUUAGAGUUAAACACUAUCUCAUCACUCAAUUCUCAGAUCAAUAAGAAGUUUGUUGUCGAGCUGAUUUGAGCAGGUUAACCUGUUUGAGGGUCUCCUGUUUUUGUCUCCGCUGACCCACAGGAAGUUUUCUGCAUCAACAAUCAGUUCACACGUUCCUGAUGCUUCCACUGAACCCUCAGUUGUUUUCCACUUUAAGCAGAAAUAAUUGGACUUGUUCGAUGUUUACAGAUGCACAAUUUGCACUGAUUUCUGUAAUUUUUCUUACAAAACACAAAGCGUCUGCUGCACCUGAAGUUCUACUGAUGAAACUGAGAUCUGAAACUCUGAAAACAAACUGUCAUCUCUUCAUUAACGAAGCGGAUAUAUUUAUUUUGUGUGGAAGUGUGAAACUACCUACUGCGCUGUAUGUACUGUAAUUAUCAACACUAGUCAGUGUAAUAGUUGGUAUUUCUGUGUAAAUGCUCCUGAGUUCCUCUGGGUGAAAUGGUCUUUAUUUUACAGUUCAGAGGGACAUUUGAAGUGUCCUGUCCUGACAAUGUUUCUGUACUUAAAUCAACAUCACGGUGUUCACAGCACUGAGCUGAGAUCUGGAUCUAAUUUGUACUGGGAUGACGUAAAAUGAAACAUUUUCUUGUUUAUGAUAUUCCAAAGAAGUCAUGUGGACGGUUUGACGACGACGAACCAAAACCUGCUGAAACUGUAAAUAUUGUAAAGAUGCAUCUGUGCAAUAGAGCCUGUACUGUAACAUCAACCCUGAAGCACUUCGUCCAGUUUGACACAAGGGGGCGCUGAAGGACAGUUAAAGGAAUAGUUCCACGAUUUUGUGUGUUUCUCCAGACUCUGAGGAGAACAUAGCAAACAGACUCAUCUCUGUAUGUCCAGUUUGAGCUCCAGGGCAGAGUUAAUCUAGUUUAGCACAAAGAAUCUUAACAGUAAAUGUAAUUUGAAACAUGUGCUUCUAAUGUCUCUCUGACAUAGUGAUAACUCACAGGGUUAGUUUGAGAACUACUUUAGCUGGAGAGCUAGCUGCUAACAUGCUAACACCAGCUGGUCACUCUACCUCUCUGAGCUUCUUUCUGUUCCUUGACAUUUAGUUAAUCAUUUCAUUCAGUAACGAGGCACUGAAGAGCACAAAACACCAAACACAUUUGCUAACAGUUAGCUAUGGAAGUUGGCUUGUUAGCUUAGCUCAGUUGUUAACAGGACAGCAAAUGUCUGCAGUUGUGUCAGAAUGAUGUCAGCAGGACAGCAUGUGAUUGAAGUGACGUUUCAGCUACUCUUCAGUAAACCAGUGCAGCGGGGAGAUCAGACACACCUGAGAAUUUCAUUCUGGAUUUAGGAUUUAGCUGCUGACAAAUAACAAAAUUUUCCUUUAAAACUGUGAGCCUGAGCUAUGACUACACAGAUGCUGAACACCAAGAAAGGUUUUCUUUUUUGCUGGAGCUUUGCUGACAGCUUCCCUUGCUUCCGCUAUUUGUGCUAAGCUAAACUGAACCUGGACUCAGAGAGAUGAAACUGAUGUGAAGCAUGUGACUCUGCAGGAGAUUUACAGAAAUGUUAAGUUUAAAUGUCUCUGUAAUCUGUUGAUAAUGUCUUACUGCAACUGAAAUGUUUUUUUGAAAGCUCUUGGCACUUUGGCAGUUUUCUUGACUUGUUAAGAAUUAAAUUGUUUAUUGUCGCCCUAAAUUCAGGGCUGAAUGUCAGAAGCUUUGGAAUAAUUUAGUCCUGACCCGUGAAGAGUUUGUCAUGUGACGUUUUUCCUGCAGGUGAGGCUGCAGGUGAACUCUUCUGACAGUCGAGUGCGUUUGGUUUUAUUUUGACAGGCGCCAGCAAAGUGUCUGUCCUUCCUCUUUUAUCAGAACAGGUGUGUGACAACACAGGUGUAUGACAUCACCUGGGACAUAUCAGAACGAGGAGCUUCAGCUCAAAUGAAUGAGGUGAACAGCUAUCAUCUGUCUGUCACUGAGCUGCUCAAACUGUCAGUGACCAGUUGAAACCGGUCUGAUCCGGUUGAUGGACCUUGUUGUUGUUCGUAGAUACUUGAAGUUUAAACUAAAUCAAAGUAUUUUUGUACGCCUGUUAGCAGAUAGAAAAGUCUCUAAUGAGUCUGUGAUCUAUUUUUCUUCUUUCACUCUGAUUGUAACUCAAAC